AUGCUAACAUUCAACCGCUUCCUUAGCCGACCGUAUCCCAAUACUCGGGACGGUCCGACAAUAGUCUUCUUCCAGCAGCAGUUCCUGGCUGAGAGUGGUGGCUCGCGAAGAAGAUCCGAUAUCAUGUCAGCCGAGUCCAUAGCCUCCACACCUGGCUUGGAGGAGAUCGAUGCGCCCUUCCCUGCGGAUGACUAUGCCGACAACGAUGGCUUCUACUCUCCCCCCGCUUCCCCCGGCAGAUUGUCGCGCAACGGCUCUUUCUCCAACAGCAGCUCAUACCAGGAAGACUGGGAAACAUUCCCACCGUUGGACAAGCUUACGAUCUUCGACCUCCUCGAUAACUUCCAGCUCUCCCAGCGUCUGGAGAAGUGGCAGCAAACUAUCGCCAUGCAGAAGGAUAAGGUGCGCAAGCAGCGGGAGAAGUUGAAGUCCUCAUCUUUGAACGCGAAAGAACGCGUGGUGGACGAGUGGAAGCGCCGGGCCCCGACUGCCGAUGAGAAGCUGGAGAAGUAUCGCCAACGGAUGAACCAAGGCGUGGAACGUUUGGGCAAGCAAUGGAAUAAGACAGCGACUGUCACUCUCCGAGAGAAGAUGUCCUUCAUCGCCGGUGUGUUGAACAUCUUCAUCAGCGGUUACUUGGUCGGUGCUUGUCCGGAGAACUUCCACAUCUGGUUCAGUGUCCAACUGGCCUAUUUCAUGCCUAUCCGCUACUUCACCUACCAUGCUAAGGGUUAUCACUAUUUCCUGGCCGACCUCUGCUACUUUGUCAACUUGCUUUGCAUGUUGACUAUAUGGGUAUUCCCGAACUCGAAACGGCUCUUCAUCAGCACCUUCUGCCUGACGUUUGGAAACAACGCAGCCGCCAUUGCCAUGUGGCGGAACUCGAUGGUUUUCCACAGCAUGGACAAAGUUGUCAGCCUUUUCAUCCAUAUCAUGCCUCCGGUUGCAUUGCAUUGUAUCGUGCACCUGACGCCGGUUGAGCAGCUCAAAGAACGAUUCCCUGCAGUGUACAGCAUCAAAUUCAGUCAACCUUCAGACCCCGAGCACUAUGGCCUCGGUGCAAUGAUCCUUUGGUCCACAGCCCCAUACCUAGUGUGGCAGCUCCUUUACCACUUCCUGAUCACCGUGCGCCGCCGUGAACAGAUCGCCGCUGGCCGGCCCACCAGCUUUACAUGGCUGCGCAAGUCUUAUUCCAAGGCCUGGAUUGGGCGCUUCGUACUCAGCCUCCCAGAGUCCUUGCAAGAACCGUGUUUCAUGUGCAUUCAAUAUGGAUUCGCUCUGUCCACCAUGAUUCCCUGUCCGAUUUGGUUCUGGUCCAAAUGGGGCAGCGGAAUCUUUUUGUCCGCCUUGUUUGUUUGGAGCAUUCACAACGGAGCCACUUAUUACAUCGAUGUCUUCGGUAAGCGCUUCCAGAAAGAGCUGGAGCAACUCAAGGCGGACGUUGCGCGUUGGCAGCAAUCCCCAGAAGGGACAACUAGUCCGAUUCUUGUUGCUGAGCCGAGCCCGCUCAGCGAAGCAAUCAAUGCCGCGAGCGGGGAGAAGCGUACCAGCGUUGAUCGGAUUCCCCUACUGGAUACUGCUGAUGCCACCUCCACUGCCGUCUCGGAGACUGGGGCGGAUAAGAACUCCGCUCUCCGAGAGCGCACUUGA